AUGCCGUGCGAGUGCAAUCUUGUUAUAAACGAAUUAUUAUGUUUUCUUCAAAACAAGUGUGAUGUAAUGGACGAACUAAGUCUCGUGCAAAUAUGUAGUGCAUGGUAUAACGAAGAGGAAAUCGAGUGUGCUAAAACGUUACUAUGCGAAUUAGUGAAGAUAAGAAAAGUGAUCAGAAAAGGUGAUAAAAGAAAUCAGAAUAAUAUCAGCGAUGUAAUAAAGACUUUGAAGGAAUCAGAACAUCUGCCUACUUUUGCAGCCAAAGACCUGAAUAGGUUGCCAUCUGUAACUUUCGAUCAUCUCGACGUAAGUAGCUUGCUGAAGACACUGGCUACAUUAAAAAAUGAAUUGCUAACGUAUCAAACUGAAACGAGGAAUUCUGUUAGUAAACUUGAGUGUGAAAUUAAAGAACUUAAAGAAAAAAGAGUAGCGGAUUGCUGUCAUGUACUACCCGCAACUCAAAAUUAUUCUAAUGAUUCUAUGAAGGGAUCCAACGUUGUUAAUACAAUUUCAAAUAAUUGCAAUUUAAGGGACUUUUCGUCAUUUUUAACGAAGAAAACCCCAGUAUUGAACUUUAGCCAAGCGGUAAUGAGUGGUAAGGUCUCUGAUCCAUCAAUUAAUGAUUCUACGAUACAAGACACAGACGAUCAGGGCUUUCGCCUAGUUACUAGAAAAAGAAAAAGACCACAUAUUGAAAAUUAUCAAGAAACAAGUAAUAGACCGUACUUUCAAUCAAAAAAUAAAAGGGGCACCAAUGGCACCACAGCAUUAAAGGCGGCCGAGCAAAUAAUUCCGGUCUAUAUAUCCAGAUUUUGUAACGACUGCACCGAAACUGACAUACAAAAUUAUUUCAAGGAAAAUGAACGCUGUUUAUUUGGAAUAGAAACAUUGAAACAGAAGAAAGAAACCAAUUUUAAAUCAUUUAAAAUACUGGUAGCUAAAAAGGACCUUUCUAUAGUGUUAAAAGAAGAUUUUUGGCCGGAAUCAAUUGUUUUUAGAGUAUUCAAACAGAGAUUUAACGUUAAUCAAGGGUCCGCUGCGCUCACCUGA